UGAAACAGAGCGUGCUGCCAAUGCUUUACGCCAGACCUCAGGACACACGGAUGAGUCGUCCAUAUAGCUGCUCAUACCACCACCUAGCAUAGCCUCCUUCUUGGUCACCACCACACACAACACACCAUAGCUCCCCUCGCCGGAUUCACUGAACGGCGACCACAUCUCAGGCCUCGACAACUGCAUCCGACCACUUCCACUAGUCACCAAAUCACCCUGGUUCAUCGCCUCCAGCUCUCCACAUGACGUGCGUUCUUCCCCCAACUCCUUCCUGGCACCAUUUCAACGACCAUCUCCCAUGGUUACCAAUGAAUCCUGACACGGCGUCUUCGCAACCGUCGCUGGAUCGCGCACCAUCGCAAGGUUAUGUAUCUCCAGGAUCAGAGACCAGGAAAUCCUCCACCAGCUCCGGGAAGAAGCGAGCAUCUCGCGCAGGCACACGGAGUGUAACCACUCUAUCUGCAGCUCAGCUCGAACGGAAACGUGCCAAUGACAGAGAAGCCCAGCGAGCGAUCCGGCAACGGACCAAAGACCAUAUUGAUCACCUCGAAAGGACAGUGAAUGACCUACGAGGAAGCCAGGAGCAGAGCGAGAAGAUAGUCCAUGCAACCCAACAAAGGAAUCGCGAGCUCGAGGAUGAGAACGCUUACCUUCGAAGUAAGCUCAACGAAGCAGGCUUUAACAUGAACCUUAUGGCAGACAACCAGCGUUCAUCAGAAUCUACCAUGCUCUCAGUGCCCUCGACGUCCCCAGGAACAGCCUCCGGCUCCAGUAUCCCUAGACCCGGGUCGACCUCGACACCCAGUAAUCAUUCCGUAACCACACAAUCCUCGGGAUCGCGACACGGGUCGUGGCAACAUCAAGCCGGAUUUGUUGGUACAGCAAUGGGACUUCCCAGCGCCGCUGCAGUUGCCAAUGCGCCCAACAUGACCACAUGGAGAUCGCACGAGAGUGCUCAGAGCCUACAAACACCAGGAGGGAGCAUACAGGAUUCACUCCAGACCCAGACCGGCGCACCAUACCACCACGGGGAAUAUGCAAACCCAUCAUCAUACCAGUAUGUAAGCCAGGACCAGCAGCGCCCACAGUAUGAGACUGCGCCGGCGCACCAGCAGCCAAACUACCAGGCUUCGGCGGUUCAGCCGUACAAUGCUUCUGCAGCGCCUCAGCCGUCGACGUACCAAACAGGUCUGACCCCGCAAAGUGAAUUUCCCAGCUUGUCUGUAUCCACAAGCCCAAGCACAUAUGCACAGCCGAGCUUUCAGCAGCCAGCGUCGUUCCAAGUGUCGCCGCUGCAGGUUCCAGCAAGCGCGACAGAGUAUACUUCUCCGCACGGACAGAUGCAGCCUCCACCGCUUCCUCCCAAUCCCUCAUUUCACCCGAGUGGCAGCGAACAGAACUACGGUCCCGGCCAAGCAGCUCCCGCAAUGCAAUACCGAGAUGAAAAUGCCAGCCGCUCCUACUCGCUCAGUCACUAUUCAACAGCCUAGGCCCCGCUGUCAUCCCAACCCUGCAGGAUGGUUCGACGGGCAUCAUGCUGGCAUCUGGUGCCCAACCAAACCGGACGCCUACUUGCCGAACCUCCAGUCGCCAAACGACCUUUCCGGCGAUGUCAACCACGACGAUGCCAUGAUCGACGCAAUCUAACACUGGAACGCGCAUCUCAAGGCUCCGCUACUACUAGGGAAGCAUGGGCACGGUCCAUCCGGAUGGACUUACCCGUCACAUUGCAGCGCCAGGAUUGCAUACAGCAUUUUGACCUGUCUGGUAUGAAACAUUGUUUGCCCCAGCUCUGCACAGUAGUGUGCAGUGCCCCGCGCAGGGCACAAGCUCUCCGAACAGCCAGGUUGUCACAACGGCGACACAGAAACAGCCCGGCGGCGGCGGCGAUCAUGAUAGUGCGCAGUUGAACUCUAUCAGGGCCGGGCCUGCCCUGUACGGUCGAGUGAAGCGACACGCGGACCCGGAUUGGAGGCCCCGAACAUUUUCCGCUGCUAGCGCUCCCGCCGGGGAUCGGGAGUGACAGGCGCGCUCCAGUCACCACCCAUCAAACUUUAUCCCGAUCGCUGGUCCAUUUCUCCACACUGCUGCCAAGCUGGCCUACCUUCCGCCACCAUGAGGACUGCCCUCUCUGGUCUGUCCAUUGCGACGCGACAAAGAGCAUUUGCUUGCUCCUUACGAUGAUGAAUUAGCAAGAAUCACGACAGACUGCGAUGUUUUUCUGCUGUACUAUUAUCUCCUUAUGUACUAUGCAUUGCAUCAAGAUCUCGUUCUUAACGGCGUUGACAUCAAGACGGCAUGAGACUGAGACACAGUACCAGCUUCCACAGGCGGGGUUAAUCAGAUGAUAUUUUGCUGUCGCUAUGUACUGUACUAUCCAAUAUUCCCAAAAUCAAGUUAUAAUCGCUACUGUAAAUGAAUACUCAUUUCCACCA